AUGGCCUCGACACCAGAAGAAGAAGCUCCUAACAAAAUCGAUACCUUGGAAGCCGUCAUUGCCAAAGAAUUCUCGUACAUCCACGGAGAAGUGGUGGAGGAGGACGAGGAGGAGCAAAGUGAGCCUGAAGAUGGAAAUAACAAUCAAGACCCGGAAAAGGAUCUUCAGCAGCUUUCCGGGACUAUUGGAGCAAUUUUAAACGACGAAAAAAUGCCGUACACCACCACCACCGUCGAGGAGCGGACCGAAUACUAUGCUCCGCAGAGCAACACCGUGCAGCUUGAGAUGCCCGAUAUGGAAACCUCGUAUCUGAAGACGCUGGGCGGCAUUAUGAAAAUCGUUUGCAUUGCCCUGUGUCUACUCACUUUCCUUUGCGUGCUCAUCGGAGGACCCGGAUACUAUUCAGGAGCCGGUUGGGCGACAUUCGUGUCUACAGUAGGAUUGUCUAUCACCACCCUACUCCUCUUCCUGUACGUCUUCAAGGUGGUCGACUCGGUGCCACAGAUCAACUGGAUUAUUUGUGAAAUGGUGUACACGUUCAUCUGGACGAUCUUCUUCUUCAUCGCCGGAUCUGUGUUGGCCGUAGCUUCCGUACAGUACGCUCAAACGGCCGGAUGGGCGAUCGCUGCGUUCUUCGCACUCGCCGCAAUGUGCGCCUACGGUUUCGACUGCUACCUCAAAUUCCUGCAGUGGAAACACAACGAGGUGGCUACCGGUCGCGGGAAAGCCUUCUUCCAACCGUCCAGUGUC